AUGAAGAAAUCAACACUCCUCAUCGCUUUAAUCACAAUCCCCCUACUAAUAUCAACAUCAAACGGGGAUGCUAGAACACAAGUAAUCAAAAUGUAUUGCGACGAAGGAUUCGAAAACAAUCAAACCAUAUUCGUCCCAAAUUUCGUACAAGCAAUGGAGAUUAUCAACGUCCGAUUACGAACAUCAAACAACGCAACCAUAGAAAUCGGAACAGGACCCAACAAAAAUUAUGCUCUCGCUCAAUGCUUCAACGAUCUCUCUUCACAAGAUUGUAUGUUAUGUUACGCCCAACUCCGUACUGUUCUUCCCGGUUGCUAUCCCCAUAGCGGUGGUCGGAUUUACAUCGACGGGUGUUAUAUGCGGCUUCAGAAUUAUAGCUUUUUUCAAGAGUAUAAAGGACCUAAUGAUACGAUUGUUUGUGGGAAUGUAACGAGGGAGAGGUUAGGGUUUCGAGAUUUGACUCAACAGGCGGUGGUGGAUGUUGUGUCGGAGGCGUUGAGUAGCGAUGAGUAUUUUGGGAGGGCGGAGGUGGUGGUGGCGAGUGGUGGUGGUAAUGAGUCGGUGUUUGUGAUGGCGGAAUGUUGGAGGACUUUGAGUCCGGCGGAUUGUAGGAAGUGUUUGGAGAAUGCGUCGGCGGCGAUUUCGAAAUGUUUGCCGUCGUCGGAGGGAAGGGCGUUGAAUACGGGGUGUUUUAUGAGGUAUUCUGAUAGGGAUUUUUUAAAUCCUGUAGAGGUUAUACAGAGGUCCAACAAUAGAGGAAAGAUGGUAGCAGUUAUUGUUUCCAUUGUUAGUUCGGUGGUGGUUUUGGUAGUUGCUUUGACGAUUGUUUUAUAUAUUAGGAGACGUAGAUAUAUACAAUACAGGAGAAGAGGCUCUUAUGAUGCUGAGAAACUCGCAAAGAUUCUUACUAACAGUAGCUUAAACUUCAAAUACUCCACUAUUGAGAAAGCCACGGCAAAUUGGAACGAUUCCAACAAGCUCGGACAGGGAGGAUUUGGAACCGUUUACAAGGGGGUACUUUCAGAUGGAAGAGAAAUAGCUGUGAAAAGGCUCUACGUCAACAACAAAUUCAGAGUAGCUGAUUUCUACAACGAAGUUAACAUAAUUAGCAGUGUUGAACAUAAAAACCUUGUGAGGUUGUUAGGAUGCAGUUGUUCAGGACCCGAAAGCAUUCUCGUAUAUGAAUAUCUUCCCAACAUGAGCCUCGACCGCUUCAUUUUUGAUGAAACAAAGGGAAGAACGCUAAACUGGGAGAAGAGAUUUGAGAUCAUUAUUGGUACAACAGAAGGUCUAGUAUACCUUCAUGAGAACACCAAGACCCGAAUUAUUCAUAGAGAUAUCAAAGCUGCUAACAUCUUGUUAGACUUGAGACUUCGUGCUAAAAUAGCUGAUUUUGGGUUAGCCAGAUCUUUUCAAGAUGAUCAAACUCACCUUAGUACUGCUAUUGCGGGUACACUUGGAUAUAUGGCUCCAGAGUAUCUAGCACACGGUCAAUUAACUGAAAAGGCGGAUGUUUAUAGCUUUGGUGUUUUACUUCUGGAAAUAAUCACUGGUAUAGAAAACAACCGAAGCAAUACAACAGAAUAUACCGACAGCAUAGUUUCUACUGCAUGGAAGCACUUCCAAAAAGGUACAGUGGAGCAAAUCUUUGACCCGAAUCUAUUGAUGGAUAUUUACCCAAACAUUAUUUUCAAAAAAGACGCGAUAAAAGUGGUACAUGUAGGACUUCUUUGCACCCAAGAAGCUCCAUCUUUAAGGCCAUCAAUGUCAACUGUACUAAAAAUGUUGGCAAAAGAUGAUGAACAUUUACCCUUUCCUUCUAAUCCCCCUUUCAUAGACGAAAAAACCAUGGAACUCAAUAACAUUACACAAACUGUACUUGGUGAUCAUGAAGGGGAAAGUUCUUAUUCGAUUGCUACAAUUUCCCACAGUCAAUUCUACCCUAGGGCAUUUAAAGAGUUAUUAUUUGAGUUUCUUGACGGAAGGAAGAUCGAACCUGUUGACAUUUUGAUUUUUGUAUGGGUUGGAGGAAAACAUGCUUAUAUGGACCUUAUAGGGAUAUCCUCUCUCAUGGAUUUGAGGGCUAUCACGAAGAGGCAUGCUACUUUAAAAACUGCUAAAUGCAAUAUACCAAUAUCAUAA